UUCUAUCUUCUUGGAUCAAACAUCUUAUUUAUGAGCUGUCUCGUAGUUCGAGGUCGUGAGCUUCGGUACCCCCCCUAGCCGCCUUCACCUUUUGGGACCUCCAGGAUUUCGGGGCAAGCCUUUCUCGGAGGAUAUAAUGCGUCUCUUGAACGUCAGGACGAGGGAGUUGGAGGAAUUCUUCGAGAAGAGAAUUCCGAAAUACGCCAUUCUUUCCCACACCUGGGGUGAAGAUGAAGUCACAUUUCGAGAGUUCGAUUUUGUUGUUAGACCGCGACGCACAUCUCUCAAGAUUGAUGGCUGCUGCGCUCAAGCUCUGAAGGGUGGGUUCGAAUACGUAUGGAUUGACACCUGCUGUAUCGACAAGAGUAGCAGCGCCGAGCUUUCCGAAGCUGUCAACUCAAUGUUCGCAUGGUACAAAAGAGCUGAGAUUUGUUACGUAUAUCUAUCAGAUGUGUCCUCGCAUGAAUUGGAUCCUAUCAACGAGCAUUCCGAUUUCAAAAAAUGUCGAUGGUUUACCAGGGGUUGGACCUUGCAGGAAUUACUGGCACCCCAUGUUCCAACGUUCUAUAACACAUCGUGGCAUCCUCUGGGUUUCUUGGAUAAAAAUCCCAAAAGGGGAUUGCGGAUGCGUUUGGGAUAUUUUGACCUGCCGUCUUACCUGGGAAGGAUUACGAAAAUACCACCGGAAAUUAUUUCUGGUGAAAAGAAUUUGACUACGCCAUCUAUUGCCAUGAGAAUGAGCUGGGCGUCCACGAGGGAGACGACUCGGGUAGAAGAUAUCGCAUAUUGCUUGCUAGGCAUCUUCGACAUUGCCAUGCCAAUGAUAUAUGGCGAAGGAAGGAAAGCUUUCAUGCGCUUGUAAGAAGAGAUUAUGAAGAACGAGGAUGAUCGCUCCAUUUUUGCUUGGGGAUUUGACACCGUUGGAAGCAGAAUAUCCUGUUUCGCCAAUUCACCAGCGGACUUUGCAGGCUGUGGUGACCUCGACGAUUUUAGAACAGUCGGUACCCAUUCCGGCCAUGUUGUAAUGACAAAUAAGGGAUUGAGUAUGGAGAUGCGCAUCAUUCGACUUACGACUGGAGAUUACAUUGGACAACUCACCGGCAAAAUCCUAGACAGAUUGGUGUACCUUGCGAUACCGUUAAUAAGGCAUAGGCGGAAGGAAAACGUGUUCUACCUACCUCGAAUCAACGU